AAGAUGGAAAAUACUUAAAAUCAAUAUGGCGGACACACUGAACAAUUCGUUGGAUUUAGAGCGUUUUAGUCAUUUUGCGAGAAACCGGCUUAUUGAUAUUCUUAACAGUAAUGCUCAGAAACAAGAUCUCAUCAUUGAUCAGUCGUUGAUGAAACCUCUAGACAGAAUAGCAGGCGCAACGUUACUUAAGGAAAAUGGAGUUGAUAAGAUUUUCAAACUAGAACGUACAAAACCACCACUUUGCGGUGACAGCCAAAUAUACCUCGUCCGUCCAACUCUGACGCAAACCAAAUAUAUUGCAGAUCACAUAAAUGCGGACAAGAAUAGUGGAUUAUUGCGCAAGUAUAAGGUGGUCUACGUUCCCAAAAAGUUUCAUAUGUGUGAAAUGAUCAUUGAACAAGAAGGAGUUCAUGGAGAUGUAGCAAUAGAAGAACUGACUGUCGACUUUGUACCUCUUGAUAGUGACGUGAUAUCCAUGGAAAUUCCAGACUUUUUUAGAGCUUAUUUUUUGGAUGGUGAUCAACAUUGGUUAGGAACAAUAACUCAUGCCAUCGUGACGUUGCAGAAACAAUAUGGAACAAUUCCAAAUAUCUUUGGCAUUGGAAACUUUGCUAAGUUGGUAAAAAACAUGUUGGGUGCAUUGACAAAGAAAGGAGAGGACACACCGACAGAAGGUCCUGGCAUCGAUACUUUAGUUUUGAUCGACAGAGAUGUUGAUUACGUUACGCCCUUGUGUUCUCAAGUGACUUACGAAGGCUUAAUUGAUGACACCUUUGAAAUUAAUUCUGGCAUGGUAACAUUUGAUAAGACUGUCACAGGAACCGAGAAAACGUUGACAAUGCUACUGAACUCAAAUGACAUGGUGUAUAAAGAGAUACGAGAUCGCCAUUUUACAAAUGUGUUUCCAUUUUUAAGUUUAAAAGCCAAACAGCUACAAGUUGGAUAUGACAAACGUAAUCAUCUGUCUUCAGUGGGUGAUAUGAAACAGUUUGUGUCUAAAGAUCUUCGCCAGCUGCAACAACAACACAAGUCCCUUCAAACACACAUUGGAGCCUGUGAGUCGAUUCUCAAACAAAAGAAUCUUGAAAAAUUCGAAAACCAACUUAGCACAGAGCGAGAUAUAUUGGAAGGUGUGAAUGACAAAGAUACCGUAGCGUUCAUUGAAGAACUCAUUAUGAAACAACUACCUUUGUAUAGAAGUUUACAACUUAUGUGUUUAAUGUCAGUUACAAGAAGCGGACUGGACAGUAAAGUCUAUAAAUCGUUAAGGCAACAGUUGCUACAGACUUACGGUUAUCAGCAUCUUGUGAAUCUAUUUAAUCUUAAGAAGCUACGCAUAUUCACCGAGUACGACAAACGAAACAACUUCAAGAACCUUUGCAAGAAACUUAAUUUGAUUCCGAAGGUUGUUGAACCUGUUGAUCUUAACAUUCCUACAGAUAUGUCUUAUGUUUUUGGUGGAUCAUAUGCACCAUUAAGUUGUAAACUGGUUGAACAGGUCUGCAGUCGCGGAGGUUUUCAGGGUCUGGAGGAAAUCACCAGAAUGAUUGGAGAAACAUUUCACACAACACAGCGUACUUCUAACCAAGAAUCAACUGUGGUGCACAACAAGCAAAGAGUCAUUUUAGUAUUUUUUAUUGGUGGCUGUACCAGCACAGAAAUUACAUCGCUGAGAUUCCUGGCUAAACAAAGAGGCUGGAAAAUUAUUGUAGCGACAACAUCAGUAAUGAACUCAAAACGAAUGUUGGAGUCGUUAAUGGACGUCAUGUGAUCUCCCUGUUUUGCUCGAGGACUUUUCCAUAAACAGACAAUCAAAAUCAAUAUACUAUAGUUGUAAUUAAUGUUUCAUGUGUAAAUGGCAAUCAUUCAUUGAAAGGAAUAGAAUUUAAUAAUCAUUGAA